AUGCAUCGUGCACUUUCUACCCACAAUCGGGACGACAACCCGACUCUCGCGGAGUAUCUCUAUGGUGCCCUGUAUGCCGGAGGCGAAGCAUUCGAUUCGAUUGAAAAUAUGACACACACCCUCCUAGCGUGGGCUACUCUCGCUGAUGACGCUGUUGAGAUGGCACCUAUCGAAAACUGGCUCCAUCAGGGUGGUCUGGUGCAUUUUGACGAUGACUUCGGCAAUGGAAAUGGACACGUUGUCUUCCCUUUCGACGGAAUUCACUAG